AUAUUUUUCUUAAUUUCUUUUCAGCGAAACUGAAUUUUGACGAUUGUUCAUGUUUUAAUUAACGAUUUAAUUCGUUUAAUCGUGUUAAUUAUUAAUAAAUUUAUUAUAAAAAUAUCAUCGAGAUGGGUUUCCAAAACAUCUGGUAUUCGCACCCGCGAAAAUACGGUCAAGGAUCAAGAUCUUGCCGAGCUUGUGCCAACAAACAUGGUAUUAUCCGUAAAUAUGGAUUAAAUUUAUGCCGUCAGUGUUUCAGAGAGUACGCAUCUGAUAUCGGUUUUAAAAAGUUGGACUAAUGCAGUUUAGUGAACUGGUCGAUUCAACAUCUCUAAUCCUAAGUAUUUUUAUUGUUUCGGUAUGUGUUUAAUAAUUAAACAGUAACGAUUUA